UAAUUAUCUAUCUAUCUCUACAUAUAUUUCCUUGUGUUGUUGAAGUUCCUUGGACUGUUUUAGACCUGUUUUCUGCCAGUUCCUCCCUUUCAUUCACAUCUUCCUCGUCCAUUCUGUCCCACAAUGCACUGCGUUCACUCGUUGGAUCAUGGACCAAAGCGGUAAGGAAAAUGCUCUACAAUGAUCUUCAAGGAAGUGAUGGCUCUGGGAAUUUGGGUGGCCCAGAUGUCCGAAGACGAAUCCCCAUCAAGCUCAUCUCCAAACAACCUUUAAGGAGCAAGCCUCAGCCUCGUACCCAGAGACCCAUUGGCAGGCCAUGCAAAAAUGACCUAGGAGAAGAUGAUAACUUUGGCUUCAAGCAAGAGGACAGGUUUGAUUGUGGCUCUAAAUCUGGUGAUGUGUUUGGAAGUCAGAGGAGAUUUCCCCAACAACUGUUCUGGGACUACAAGUUGCAUUUGAUUGGAGAAAGAGACGAAGUACCAAUUCACUUCUGUGACAAAUGCGGUCUCCCUAUUCAGUUAUAUGGACGGAUGAUCCCCUGCAAACACGUUUUCUGCUACGACUGUGCUUUGCUUCAUGAGAAGAAAGGAGACAAAAUGUGUCCUGGCCUCACCCUCUACAACUGCACAGAUCCAGUGCAGCGCAUCGAGCAGUGCCAGCGCGGUUCUCUCUACAUGUGCAGUGUAGUGCCAGGAUGCAAGCGCACCUACCUGUCCCAGCGUGACCUGCAGGCCCAUGUCAACCACCGCCACCUGAGGGCCGCCAAGUCCUCCGCUGGCCGCCAGGAGCCCGUGCACCUGCCCCCUUCAUCUGAGGACCGUUUCCGUGUGCCUCCACCUCACUUACCCAAGAACCACGUUCACCUUCCCAACCCGCUCCAGCACGGCAGUCACGACCCUUACAGUCAGCCGCUGCCACCCAGCGCCCAUGAAGGCCCACCGCCGACGUCUGGUCUUGGUCCUGAAACAUUCCGCAUUGCCACAGUAACAACCCGCAAACACAGCAAUCUCAUCACCGUGCCCAUCCAAGACGACUCUUCCUCCCGUGAGCCCCACCCAAGUGGGCCAGUCCCCGGUCAGCCGCCCCACCACCACCCUUCAGACUAUCCCGGCCAGCCACCCGUCGUGUCCCACUCUCACCACAUGAUGGCGCCACCGCAGCAGCACUUUGGUCCCCCUCCUCCUCCUCCUCCCCCUAUUAACCACCCAAUGCAGCAUCCUCCCCAAGCCUCUGGGACACCACACAUGGUGUACAACCAGGCUCCCCCUCCUCCCAUGUCAACAGCUCCCCCUCCAAUCACACCACCACCCGGGCACAUUAUGAGCCAGAUGCCCCCUUACAUGAACCACCCGCCUCCUGGACCUCCUCCACAACACAGCGGCCCUCCUGUAAACGCUCCCCCACCCCAUCAUUACAACCCCAACUCAAUGCAGCAGUUCCCUGAAGACCAGGGCACGCUCAGUCCCCCGUUCAGCCAACCAGGAGGCCUCAGUCCUGGGAUGUGGCCAGCUCCCAGAGGCCCCCCACCUCCACGAAUGCAAGGUCCUCCCCAGGGCCAGAUGCCUGGACCACACCACCCAGAUCAAAGCCGUUACCGGCCUUACUAUCAGUAAACUGCCAACUCGUUUCAUUCUGUUUCACACCACUUGUCUGAAUAAUGUGAUAGUAAACCUCAGGGUAACAGGAUAUAGAUGUUUCUUUUUGAUAAAAAAACUGCCCAGAAGCAAAUGUGUAGGUGGUGCACAUUUUAGUUACAGCUGUUCUGAACUUAACUACAGACACAAAGAGCAAUUGUGCCCCUCCCCCUUUUAAAAGCUUGUAUUUCUAUACAUGUCAGCCGAAUCCAUGCAUAUGUACAAUGAAAGAUAAUAGUAAAUAUAGCUCAAUAAAUUUUUAACAGCAGGUUUCCAUCUCAUAUUUGUUCUGUGACUAAGUUACUUAAUUUACAAAAUGACAAGCUAUUUAUCAAGUUGGGUAUUAGUGUGAAGGGCAGGAGAAGCAACACCUUGUCGUGCAAACUUGCGUUCAUAUCAGGGAGUAGCCAAUUGUGAGUCAUCAGUCAAUUCUGUGACUGAUAAAUGAAUAGUUAGUGACUGUCCAUAUCUGCAAGUUUUUCUGGUGCCUUACAACACAUUUUGUUUGCUUGAUAGACUUAAAGAAUGUAGGUUUUCAGGAUGAACCAUUUGUCAUUUCAGAUCUACAUUUACAGGAUUUUUUUUUUUUCCCUGCACGGCACAUUUCUUGGAAAUCAGUUUUUAAGCAAUGUUCAAACUACAGUCCAAGUCCAUCCUGAUAAGUACAUGUAACAUUUGUACGUAUUUAGAGAAAUGUGUAAUCCUUACUUGCAUCCUAAAGAUGGCCAAACCACUCUGGCCCUCAUUUAUCAAGCAUGCAUACAUCAGAAAAAAUAGUUAAUUUCUAUGCAGUUAUUGCAUUUAUUUACAUGUACAUUGGCAUAGCAUAUGAUUAAAUCUCACGCCAGCUCUAACCUGGUGUAAGCAAGUUUGAAAUCAGAGAGGACGAGCAGUUGAUCUCUUAGUGUGUCAUUUAUUACAAAUGGGACGUACCAUGAGAUUUGCAGGUUUCAUUAAAUACAUGUGAGACCUGACGUACUAUGAUUUCUGCAACUGAAUUGGAGGGCAUUGGUGUCCAGUGAAAAACUUUUGGUGUAUUUGAUUGCAUUUGUUUCAUCAAACUGUUAUAUAAACACUGAACAUUUAUGCCUUGGGCCACUUGUACACCAAAUGCAGACAAAAGAACUGAUGGACAGGCACUAAAUAAAGACUGAAUCAUUGAUUAAUUAUAUAAAACAUACUGUAUAUAAGACAUUGCAGGGAGAGGUUAGAGGCCAAAAAAAGUGUCUAAAACAAUAACAGCUACACUAAUCAGCAACAUAAACCAGGCAUAAAACUGCAUUGUUAAAUGUUGACAAUCACAAUCCUAGAAACUAGCAAAUAAACACUACAAAAACUAGAAAAACAGAAUAUGUAUCAAGCAUUCUUGUUGAUCACAGAUGUCCUUAAGCAGUUCUUCGGUGUAACCAAUGUACAUGUUGAUGCAGCAGUGAUUCAGAUAAACUGUUUCAAAGA